UCAUCAACGACUACCUUUUACGGCUUUUUCCCACCUGAAAGGGAGCCAACAGCGCGCCUAACGAAAGGGGGAAAGGAAAGAAAGGGGGAGAGGUGCGUUUGGGAAAAGCUAAGAUAUGCAAGGAGGUGUUCGGUCGUUGGCCAAUGGGAUGCGACGUUGUGGGUGACGUCAGCACGCUGCAGUACGGGGGCUGUGACUUCCCGCCUGGUCGGCUGAGGGACGGUUCGUCAGGUCGCUGUCGGUUCGGCGGACGGUGCCGGAGCCGCCAACAUGACCCACUGGUUUCACCGGAACCCUUUGAAGGCUACGGCCCCGGUUUCCUUCAACUUCUACGGGGUUGCGACUAACAAUGCGGCGGCCAAGAUCUGCAAUGACUUGAGAAGCACAAGGAUGAAACUUCUGGAGUUAUUUACAGAUGUGAAUUGUAACAUGGAAAUGAUGAAUGCAGUAGAUGCCUACUUUUCACUCUUACAAGGUUUCAUAACAUCACUGGAUGGCACCACACAAGAAAACAAACUGCGUUUCAUUCAGAACUUUAAAUGGACUGACACCUUGCAGGGAAACGUAGUGAGUGCCCAGCAGGAUGCCAUCUUCGAUCUCGUCUCAAUGGAGUUUAACAUCGCUCUCUGGCACACAAAGUAUGCCUCCAGACUUGCUGGAAAGGAGGAUAUAACAGUGGAUGAAGCAAAAGAGGUGCACAGAAGUUUAAAGACUGCAGCUGGAAUCUUCAAACAUGUCAAGGAGAAUGAAGUAGGCAGACUUGUGACAGCCCCUGAGAAAGGAAAGGACCUCGAAUCGCGGGUUCUUGACACCUACAUCGUUCAGUGUCAAGCGGAGGCUCAAGAAGUGACCAUUGCAAGAGCCAUUGAACUAAAGCACAACGCAGGUCUAAUUGCAGCUCUGGCUUAUGAAACAGCUAACUUCUACCAGAAGGCUGAUCACACCCUCACCACCUUGGAUCCCAGCUACGCAGCAAAAUGGAGGAAGUACCUACAGCUCAAAAACUGCUUCUACCUGGCUUAUGCAUACUGCUACCAUGGCCAGACCCUACUGGCCAGUGACAAAUGCGGGGAAGCUAUCCGAUCUCUACAAGAAGCGGAGAAGUACUACUCCAAGGCGGAGAUCUUGUGCAAGGAGUACGGGCAGACAAAGGGGCCGGGAUCCACCGCCAAACCAUCCGAACACUUGUUCUUCAGGAAGCUGGGAACGUACGUCAGGAACACCCUGGAAAAGUGUCAGAGAGAGAAUGGGUUCAUCUAUUUCCAGAAAGUUCCACCAGAGGCUCCACAGCUGGAGCUGAAGGCAAGCUACGGUCUGGUGGAACCUCAGACGUUUGAGCUCCCGGCACUGGGAGCUGUGUGGAACCAGGAAUUGUACGCUGCAUUUGACAUCACCAAAGGCCCCAAGGAUGACAAGGCCAAGGUGAAGGAGGAAGAGGUGAAGCCGGUGAAGGAGCCAGACCUGAAACCCCAGAAGGACAGCGGCUGCUCGAUUUCAUAAAGAGACGGGCAGUGGGGACCGACUCAACUGCGUGGUCUCCUGUGCACUGAGUGCACACUUAUCUUCUGCAAGGACUUUACUCCGACAGCCAAGAACUGAAAAACAGCCUGAUUUUUGCCCCAUUUCAUAGAAUGCACUUUGCAAUGAAACUUUAGGUAUAUCUGCAAGUAGCCAAGUGGCCGCUUGCACUCUCAUCCUGCUGACUCAGGCGCAGGCCUGCGAAGAGGUCACCUCUCUGGUCAGUGUUGUCUUGUCUGCGAACCCUCUCCCACUCGUCCUGGGAGAGGUGCAAGACUGGUGCCCAGGAGCUGACGCGAACUCCAGUCAGCUUCCCACUUACUUAUCGGUUUGCAGUAACUGGCCUUAAACACCCUCACUUGGGAACACGACAAACAUUCCUUGUUUAUUUAACUCCAGUCAUGCAUCCAAAGCUUUUCUCCUUCAGUAACCUGGGUGAGGAGGGGUUUCCAUUCUUCCCACUGCUUUCCCAGCAGCAGUUUUGGUCCACUUCUCCCCACAUGCCACAGGCUCGUGGGUUAUUCUGUUCACCAGGCCUGGGCUAGAGCUGAGGCUCAGUAUAUUGAAUUCUGAUGUACUGAAUGGUAGCAGUCAAAGUUCCCAGAGGCUUUCCCUAUUUGUCAGCCGAGCCGCUUGUGAUAUCCUGUUCCAUGGUGGUCCAGCACUGCCUCUGCGCGGUGCUUGAAGAGGAUGAGGCAAGACGUUCAGUUCCUCUAUGAAGACAGCCUUCGUUUUCCAUUUACUCCCAAAUCAUCCCGUCCACUAACCCCAACCCUGUGACAGUCGAGUUUUGCGAGCUGACUCCAGAGCUCUUCCAUGUUGUUAACGAUACAAAGUUGGUCCGUGAAUCAGAAAAGGACACAAGGAAAUGGGGCAGCACAGAGGCACUGCCUUAGUGCCAGAGGCCCAGGUUCGAUCCUGACCUCCGUUAUUGUUUGUGUGGAGUUCACACGUCCUCCAUGGGUUUCCGCCCACAUCCCAAAGAUGUGCAGGUCGGUAGAUUUAUUGGCUGCUGUAAAUUGCCCCUUGUGUGUAGCUGAGGGGUAGGAUCUGGGGGUAACUGAUGAAUCUCCAACCGCCUUUCUAAGGAAGAACCAUGACGUGCUGUAACCACACCUAAAGAUAAUGCAUUUAAUCUCGGUAUCUUGGGAAAGGGAGUUAAUUGUCAGAUUUUGCUUGCACGGGACAGAGAGCAAGGCCCAGAGGCGGACGAGCUCAUUCUCUCAGCAGCAGUUGGGAAGGAACACUGUCAGCUUCCAUCCCUCUUCCCAACUCGUGCACUGACCGGAGAUUUCAGCUGUCCCUGGGCUCAAGAUAUCAAGGAGGGUGGCCGCUCACUGAUGCCACAAGCUGGGCGAGCAGAUGGACAAAAGGUUUGUGUGUGAUGCCAUCUGCAGUUGAAUAGGCCAAUGAGACUUGGUCCAAGCUUGUGUAAAGAGCAGACACUUGUCCAAGGGGUCACAUGAGGCUUGAUGCCUGGAAUGAAGGGAUAGGGGGAAUUGGGAUGUGGCUGGUGAACAGUAGAGGGGUCCCAGCUGGGACCCCGGGUGGUGAACAGUAGAGGGGU